GCCGCGGGAGGUCCGGAGAGUGGCGGCCAUGGGACUCGAGGCCUUGUCCGAGUUCCCCUCUAAGGAUCCUCUGGAGCUUCUACUAAUAAGGGAGUUUUCUGGCCGUGAUUGAGAAUUUUGAGUACUUCUUGACUUUGUCAUUUACGUGGCUUGGGUAGGGACGUUGUACAGAUCGCUUAGCAUUAUGGCUCGAGAGAGAAUUGACCAGAUUUUACAGCCUCUCUUCACUUAUAGAAGCCAAGAUUCAAGUCUACACUGAAAGGGCACUCAUAGGGGAAAGGUCUACAUAAUUAAAAGAAGGGUUUGGAGAAGAGAAGGGAGCAGUUUGAGUAUAACUGUCCUUGAAUAAGGAAGGAGAAACCAGAUUGUCUGCAGCAUGAGCUCCAGGGGUUGCUGUAGAAGGCUGCAUUUAGCUAGUGGUCUGGCUAGAAAUUGGGCACAGGUGACAGAAGACACAUUUCUUAACUGGCUUGCUCUGAGAACUGAUGCCUGAACCACCUCAGCAUGGCCAAUAGGAGAGGGGGUGGACAAAGCCAUCCUCCUUCAGAGUUGCCUUCCCCAGGGAGCUCUGAAAGUCUUUCCAACGAUAGGACCUGCACCCAUAAUAUAUGCAUGGUGUCUGACUUUUUCUACCCAAACAUGGGAGGUGUGGAAAGCCACAUUUACCAGCUCUCUCAGUGCCUCAUUGAGAGGGGGCACAAGGUCAUAACUGUCACCCAUGCUUAUGGAAACCGAAAGGGCAUCCGUUACCUCACCAAUGGCCUCAAAGUUUACUAUUUGCCUCUGAGAGUCAUGUACAACCAAUCUACAGCCACGACUCUCUUUCACAGUCUGCCAUUGCUCAGGUACAUAUUUGUUCGGGAGAGAAUUACGAUAAUCCAUUCCCACAGUUCUUUCUCUGCCAUGGCCCAUGAUGCUCUCUUCCACGCCAAGACAAUGGGGCUUCAGACAGUCUUCACAGACCAUUCCCUUUUCGGAUUUGCUGAUGUCAGCUCGGUGCUUACAAACAAGCUUCUAACUGUGUCUCUUUGUGACACAAACCACAUCAUUUGUGUCUCUUACACUAGUAAGGAGAACACUGUACUCAGAGCAGCACUGAAUCCUGAAAUAGUGUCCGUCAUUCCUAACGCUGUAGAUCCUACUGACUUCACUCCAGAACCAUUUAGGAGGCAUGAUAGUGUAAUAACUGUUGUUGUUGUCAGCAGACUUGUUUACAGAAAAGGGACUGAUUUGCUUAGUGGUAUAAUACCUGAACUCUGUCAGAAAUACCAAGAAUUAAAUUUCCUAAUUGGAGGAGAGGGACCAAAGAGAAUCAUUUUGGAAGAAGUACGGGAAAGAUACCAACUACAUGACAGGGUGCAGCUUUUGGGAGCUUUAGAACACAAGGAUGUUAGAAAUGUCUUAGUUCAAGGACAUAUUUUUCUUAACACCUCCCUCACUGAAGCCUUCUGCAUGGCAAUCGUGGAAGCCGCCAGUUGUGGUUUGCAGGUCGUCAGCACAAAGGUUGGCGGGAUUCCCGAAGUCCUUCCGGAAAGUCUUAUUAUUUUAUGUGAACCUUCAGUAAAAUCUUUGUGUGAAGGUCUGGAAAAAGCCAUUUUCCAAGUGAAGUCGGGGACAUUGCCAGCUCCAGAAAAUAUCCACAAUGUAGUGAAGACUUUCUACACCUGGCGGAACGUGGCAGAGAGAACUGAAAAAGUAUAUGAGCGUGUGUCGAAGGAAACUGUGUUGCCAAUGCACAAGCGAUUGGACAGGCUCAUCUCUCAUUGUGGCCCAGUGACAGGCUACAUUUUUGCUUUGCUGGCUGUGCUCAGCUAUCUCUUCCUCAUUUUCCUGCAGUGGAUGACCCCAGACUCUAUCAUUGAUGUUGCAAUAGAUGCUACUGGGCCAAGGAGAGCCUGGACUCAUCAAUGGCCUCGUGAUAAGAAAAGAGAUGAGAAUGAUAAGGUAUCCAAAAGCAGGUAGAAGGAAGCCCAAGUUAACAAGUCCUAUUAGAUACUUGCAAUAGUCCUGUUAGCAUUUGAAAAUAAUUUUGCUCCGUUUGUUUUUUUGGGUUUUAGAGUUGGUUUUGUAAAUUAUGCUACCUCUGUACUGUUCACUUUUGUUUUUGAAAAAGAUAAAUACUUAUGCAAUUCCUGAGUGUGGGAACUCCUUGCACUUCUUUAAAAUUUAGGGGAUAAUGGUUUAGCCACUCAGGUAGGACAUUUUUCAGAUUACUGAGAUCCCUGUAGCAGAGAUGUUUUAACAUUAUAUUUUGGGAGCCUUGGGUGCUGAAAGGCCAAAUGUUUCUGGAUCUUUUUUGGCCAGUUUUUUAACAUUAUACCAUUAAUUCACAUUUACCAGAUGUUUACAAGCUUUCUUUAGGGAGGUACAACAGUUAUGUGAACUGUUUUAAGUCAUGGUCAUGUAUCCUUCAUUGGACAUCAUUGAAAUCGUGUUUCUGACACUUACUGGGUCUACUCAAGGGAUACAUGUAAUCUGAUUUCUUGAGCAAGACCAUCUAUUGGUUGCCAGCAUGUUUGAACACCUGCUGUGUAUGAAAGUUGACCUAGGUGGUUCCUGAGACUAAGGACUAGUUAAUGAGAAGUGGUAAAACAGCCAACAUGCUGAAAUGCUCAAGCUACUGAAUGACAGGAAAUCAUCACCGGCAUACACCAAGUACCUCUCUGAACCUGUUUUCUGUAUAUGCAUUCUCUAGGAGCUCUUGUCUUCCUUCAUAUCUCUCUCUCUCUCUCUCUCUCUCUCUCUCUCUCUCUCUCUGUGUGUGUGUGUGUGUGUGUGUGUGUGUGUGUGUGUGUGUGAAGAGAUGUUGCUUUUUACAUUCUAUGGAUUGACCGAUACCACUGUUGAUGCUCGUGCCGGCCAACCCUCUGCUUUUAUAGUGCACAGAUUAGUCCCCCAUAAAUGCCUUUAUGGUUUCUAAGCAGAACAGAAGAGGUGUGCCAUCUCAAAACCAGCUGCUAUUCCUGUCCUCUAUGGAAGCCCCUUCCUGUCACUCUGGUCUAGAUCUCUGAGAAGUAUUGCCAGUGUGUGGCAAGGCUUGUCUCCAGAAUGGUUUAUUUAUAGUGUAUUAAUUCUGAAAAUCGUCAGGGCUCUCAGGCUCUUUGUGAGGUGGAAUUUCUCAAUCGUAAUUAUGGUUAUCCAGAGCCAUGGGUUUUUUAAUCCCAAAUUAUAUAUGAUAUGUAUUAUUAAUCCUUGGAAGUCUUUCACAUGGGUUUGUGUGGUGAACGAGCUGAAAUGAAAGCAAUGAGGCACUUGUGAGUGUUCCAUUCUGUCAGUAUUGUGAUUCUGUACAGGAUUUUUUAACGAUGACAUUUGCAAAACUUUUUAAAGAGUAUCUUAACAUGUCUAUUUCUUGGUUGCCACUGAUAUAAAAGAGAUAUAUUUGUGUUUGGUUUCUAUGGAAACACAAAUAGUAGAGAGUAAUUUUUAAAAUAUAGAAGUUAGGGCUUCUUUUAUUGGAGAAAAAUAACCUUGUCCAAACCGUUCAGUCUUAUUUGAAUCUUUAUGUGCUGAGACAGGCGUACAGGUAACGGUGCCAAUAUCCACGGUAGACUGAGACAUGUGUAACACUUGCCUGUAUUUAUUCUACACUAUUAUUUCUUCUUUUUUGUUUGCUUCUAGCUUUUGUUAAAAUCAUCAUUAAAUACUUCAAUUGUUCUUUAUUUAAGAUGAAAGGUGAAUUGAAAAUUAAUUUGCUCUUGUGGGUAAAUAUGUAUUUUAUGAAUUAAAAUUGUUUUCCAUUUUGGAACAAGUAAAAAUAAAAUUUGUCUGACAGAAACCAUUUUCAGGCUUCCUGAAUACUUUUAACUGUCAAUGUUGCACUGGUCAGCAGGUGGGAACACUGUUCCACUGUGCUACUCAUAAUUACAUGAAAAGGAAAUUAGCACGGAUGAGGAAUUUGUUGGAAAGACACUGUAUUGCUUUUGAUGUUGCAGUCACACACAUGAAACCAAUUUGCUAAAACAUGCUCAUGUCCAAUAAUAAAGAUGAGAACGCUGUUUUAAUAGUCUUA